AUGGAUCUUGUCAAAUCGGCAGUACCCGAUUUGAGAUGUAUUCUCCUCCUGGAAGCAUCGUCGUCGAGACCGCAGGCAGUAGCCCAGAUCCCGUCUCCUGCUGACAAAUGGCCUGUCAUUGGAUUUCUCUUUUCAGGCCCAGAAGAUCUUGUCGACAGAAACCGUAGAAACAAGACCGAAGUCACUCUCAAAGCAGGUGACAAAAGAAACUUCUGCCUCCGGGACCAGCUUGCCUCUUGCCCACGCCGCCGGUACCAUCGCGACUGUCGCCCGGCUCCCAAGAUUUGCAAGGUCGCCUCGAGUCAGCCGCACCACUCGACCGAACACGACCGUCACUUGACCCUCUGGGCUCCAGACGGCCACGGAGGCGCACUCAAACAGGGUCCCGCGUCCAGACUGUCAUCUCAACUGUCGAAUCUCCAAGACACGUAG